AUGCACAACCUGCAAGCUCGCUCCGCAACACUUUUAUUUUCAGGCACGUCGAGUAACUUUACAAUAAUCAAGUCUCCCAAUAAAAACAUUUCGGGAGGCCUGACAGAAGUUGAGACGGCAUCUGUUGUGCAAUGGCUGUUCCAACAGCCUGAGCUAAACCUAACCGCCGCCGACGAUGCCGGGGAGUGGGACAAUACAAUUUUCCUUGUCGAACUGACGCGUCCGAACAAGUCCGAUGUGCUGCAGUAUCUGGACCACGAUCACCCCCCUCCCAGGCGUUAUGCGCAGGUCGUGCUCGACGUGCGUGCUACUCUCGACCCAUACUACGCCGAACUACUGGUUGGACCUCUACCAAUUACAAACAAAUCUACCACCACAUGGGUGCCACUGGAAUAUCCCUACACGCGCAAGACACAAGGCCGCAUACGUAAUCUUGUCGCUGACCACGACACUAUUUACUCUGAAUGGCUAUACAAGAUCAGCGCUUCGAUAGUCGACAUCACUCUGGACCUCUUCAACGGCACAGUCUUAGGCCUAAACAAUGAUACCAUAAGAAUCCCAGGGAUUGACCCCCUAUGGCAGGAUGAUGGUCGGAUCAUCCGUUGGGGUACAUUUUGGAAUCUCCCUGUUGACGACUUCGACGCCAGCAGCAUUCUGCCCCUGGGAUUAAUCUUCAAGUCCGACAUCACAGGCCGUGAUCCAUCCAAGUGGAAGCUGGAGGGCUGGCUCUACAAUAACAUAUUCUACGAAACCACCAACGCUUUUCGCAAGGCAUACUACUCCCCAGGCUUCGCGACUUGGGCGCGAACAGACCAAGAGGGGCCGAUCCUCUCAGAAGAUCAAAAGCAGCCUCCAGUCAUGGUUGCCCCAUCAGGAGCACGGUACGCUCUCGACACAGAACAAAAAUACGUAACCUGGAUGGGCCUACAAGAAGCUCUGUCACACUACGCAGAAACCGACCCCGUCCAAUCCAGUACCGCAUACCUAGACUCCUAUUACGGGUUCGGCCCGUACACAUUCGAGCUCGUCAAAGGCUACGACUGUCCAAUCUAUGCCACAUACCUCAACACCUCCUUCUACGAGUCCGAAGCAACACAUACCCAUAUCGACAGUCUCUGUCUCUUUGAGUACGACGCCGACUACCCCAUCCAGCGACACACCAACCCAAGCUACGUCUCCACCACCAAGAACAUCUACCUCAUUCUCCGACCCGUCUCCACCAUCGGCAACUACGACUACACCAUCAGCUACACCUUCCACCUCGAUGGCACCAUCGGCAUCAAAGUCCGCGCCUCAGGCUACAUCCAAGCCGCCCACUCCGCCCACUCCGCCCACAACACCAACUACGGUUACCCAAUCCACUCGGCCCUCUCGGGCUCCAUGCACGACCACAUCCUCAACUUCAAAGCCGACUUCGACAUCCUCAGCACCGCAAACUCCAUCGAACUCACCUCCCUCCCUCCCUCCAACAACAAAAACGAUGCUCAGCACAUAAACCAAGACGCCCGUAACGCUUACGGUGAAUACCGCGGCUACCGUAUCCUCCCUUCCUCUUCCUCCUCCUCCGGAGGGGGAGGUACAAACCACCUAACAAUCAUAAACUCGAGCACCCUCAUCCACGCAGCCCACUGGUCCGAACACGACAUCCAAAUCACCCAACACCACGACCACGAAUCGCGGUCCGCAUAUCCAUACAAUAACCAAGACGUAUAUAACCCCAUGAUUAACUUCGACGAGUACUUCGAUGGCGAGGACCUCAGUCAGACGGAUCUGGUGGUGUGGGUUAAUCUGGCGAUGCAUCAUGUUCCUACUACCGGGGAUUUACCUGAAUACGGUGAUGACAACUGCGGUGGCGGGGGUGAGAGUCGAAGGACGGUGAAUAUGGUUAGGGUUGGGUUUGGAGAUGAGGAUGUGGUGGAGGAGGUGGAGACGUUUGGGCAGGCGAGGGAGAGGAUGGAGGUUGUGGUGAGGCCGGUGGAGGAGGUGCUUUGGGGGUAUUGCUCCUGCUUAUCCUUAAACGAGAUACCAUCUAUCAAAGGCGUAUCCGUAGCUCCCGGCGCCACGCCAUUAACUCUCACCCCCUGGCCCGCAAAGUUCGCCGCCCAUGCUUUCGUCAUGCCCAACACGGCAUGCUUGCUCACCGUGUAUGACACAUACCCCGGGUUAGCGUGGAAAGAUGCCGUUGAACAUAGAUUCACAAUCACGCCUCGGCCUUCUCUAGCUGUCGCUGGGUUGAACUGCUGA